GGCGGAGGACAGUGGAGCUGGGGACUCGGGCGCCUAGGUCCUGGUCCCUGAGCGUCCAGCGCUCCCCUAGUCCGCGGCCCUGGCUCCUGUCCUCACUUCCUUCCCCUUUUGGCUCCUGCUCUCGGAGCGGGCGGACGCGGGGGGGAGCGGAAAGGGCGGGAGGGCCCAGGAGCCCGGCGGGGGGGUUCAAGGGGGUACGGAAAAGCCGGGGAGGGGACUCGGUCCGGGGCCGGAGACCGACGGCAACAGCGGCUCAGGACCCACGCUGCCCCCACCCCUCCCGAGCAGGCGCCCCCAUGGCCCGACCCCGCUGAUUCCUUCACUCGGCCAUGCUCCCGCGGCCCCUGCGGCUGCUUUUGGACACGAGCCCCCCCGGGGGAGUCGUACUGAGCAGCUUCCGAAGCCGGGACCCCGAAGAGGGUGGGGGCCCAGGUGGCCUGGUCGUGGGCGGGGGGCAGGAGGAAGAGGAGGAGGAAGAAGAAGAGGCCCCUGUGUCCGUCUGGGAUGAGGAGGAGGAUGGUGCCGUGUUUACCGUCACAAGCCGCCAAUAUCGACCUCUUGAUCCCUUGGUCCCUAUGCCUCCCCCACGUUCCUCCCGACGGCUCCGAGCUGGCACUCUGGAGGCCCUGGUCAGACACCUACUGGAUACCCGGACAUCAGGGACUGAUGUGACCUUCAUGUCAGCCUUCCUGGCUACCCACCGGGCCUUCACCUCCACGCCUGCCUUGCUAGGGCUUAUGGCUGACAGGCUGGAAGCCCUUGAAUCUCAUCCUACCGACGAACUAGAGAGGACAACAGAGGUAGCCAUCUCUGUACUGUCAACCUGGCUGGCCUCUCACCCUGAGGAUUUUGGCUCUGAGGCCAAGGGUCAGCUUGACCGGCUUGAGAGCUUCUUACUUCAGACAGGGUAUGCAGCAGGGAAGGGUGUUGGGGGGGGCAGCGCUGACCUCAUCCGCAAUCUCCGGUCCCGGGUGGACCCCCAGGCCCCCGACCUUCCUAAGCCCCUGGCCCUCCCCGGCGAUCCCCCUGCUGACCCCACGGAUGUCCUGGUGUUCCUCGCUGACCACUUGGCCGAACAGCUGACCCUGCUAGAUGCGGAGCUUUUUCUCAAUUUGAUCCCCUCUCAGUGCCUGGGAGGCCUGUGGGGUCACAGAGACCGGCCAGGACAUUCUCACCUCUGCCCAUCUGUCCGAGCUACUGUCACACAGUUCAACAAGGUGGCAGGGGCAGUGGUUAGUUCUGUCCUGGGGGCUACUUCCACUGGAGAGGGACUUGGGGAGGUGACCAUACGGCCACUCCGUCCCCCACAGAGGGCCCGGCUCCUGGAGAAGUGGAUCCGCGUGGCAGAGGAGUGCCGGCUGCUCCGAAACUUCUCUUCAGUUUAUGCCGUGGUGUCAGCCCUGCAGUCCAGCCCCAUCCACAGGCUUCGGGCAGCCUGGGGGGAAGCAACCAGGGACAGCCUCAGAGUCUUUUCCAGCCUCUGCCAGAUUUUCUCCGAGGAGGAUAAUUAUUCCCAGAGUCGGGAGCUGCUCAUGCAGGAGGUGAAGCUGCAGUCUCCUCUGGAGCCACACUCCAAGAAGGCCCCGAGGUCUGGCUCCCGGGGUGGGGGUGUGGUCCCAUACCUUGGCACCUUCCUGAAGGACCUUGUGAUGCUGGAUGCAGCCUCCAAGGAUGAGUUGGAGAAUGGAUACAUCAAUUUUGACAAGCGGAGGAAGGAGUUUGCAGUCCUUUCUGAGUUGCGACGGCUCCAGAAUGAAUGUCGUGGCUAUAACCUCCAACCUGACCAUGAUAUCCAGAGGUGGCUACAGGGGCUCCGGCCACUGACAGAGGCUCAGAGCCAUCGUGUAUCCUGUGAGGUGGAGCCACCUGGUUCCAGUGACCCUCCUGCCCCACGGGUGCUUCGGCCAACAUUGGUCAUCUCGCAGUGGACAGAGGUUUUGGGCUCUGUUGGGGUCCCUACCCCGCUUGUGUCCUGUGACCGGCCCAGUAUUGGGGGAGAUGAGGCGCCUACAACUCCUGCUCCUCUGCUGACUCGGCUGGCCCAGCACAUGAAGUGGCCAUCUGUCUCGUCACUAGACUCUGCCUUGGAAAGCAGUCCAUCCCUGCACAGUCCAGCUGACCCCAGCCACCUCUCCCCACCAGCCUCCUCCCCUAGGCCUUCUCGAGGUCACCGCCGCUCAGCCUCCUGUGGCUCCCCGCUGAGUGGGGGUGCAGAAGAGGCCUCCGGGGGGACUGGAUAUGGGGGAGGGGGAUCUGGGCCAGGGGCCUCUGAUUGCCGUAUCAUCCGAGUCCAGAUGGAGUUAGGGGAAGAUGGCAGUGUCUAUAAGAGCAUUUUGGUGACAAGCCAGGACAAGGCUCCAAGUGUCAUCAGUCGUGUCCUUAAGAAAAACAAUCGUGACUCUGCAGUGGCUUCAGAGUAUGAGCUGGUACAGCUGCUACCAGGGGAGCGAGAGCUGACUAUCCCAGCCUCGGCUAAUGUAUUCUACGCCAUGGAUGGAGCUUCACACGAUUUCCUCCUGCGGCAGCGGCGAAGGUCCUCUACUGCUACACCUGGUGUCACCAGUGGCCCGUCUGCCUCAGGAACUCCUCCGAGUGAGGGAGGAGGGGGCUCCUUUCCCAGGAUCAAGGCCACAGGGAGGAAGAUUGCACGGGCACUGUUCUGAGGAGGAAGCCCCGUUGGCUUACAGAAGUCAUGGUGUUCAUACCAGAUGUGGGUAGCCAUCCUGAAUGGUGGCAGUUAUAUCCCAUUGAGACAGAAAUUCAGAAAGGUAGCCAGCCACCCUGGGGCAGUGAAGUGCCACUGGUUUACCAGACAGCUGAGAAAUCCAGCCCUGUGGGAACUGGUGUCUGAUAACCAAGUUGGAUACCUGUGUAUAGCUUCCCACCUUCCAUGAGUGCAGCACACAGGUAGUGCUGGAAAAACGCAUCAGUUUCUGAUUCUUGGCCAUAUCCUAACAUGCAAGGGCCAAGCAAAGGCUUCAAGGCUCUGAGCCCCAGGGCAGAGGGGAAUGGCAAAAAGUAGGUCCUCGCAGGAGCUCUUCUUCCCACUCUGGGGGUUUCUAUCACUGUGACAACACUAAGAUAAUAAACCAAAACACUACCUGAAUUCUA